CACUCGCUGUGAUAGGACGUGAGGGAGGCAAUACGCACGUGGCCUCUUGUGUGAACUUCGAUGAGACGGAGACCGAGAAUUUAAUAUUUGGAUUAUGGUUAUUGAAAAAAAAAAAAAAUGAAAAUAAAUGUUUAUCUUCGGGCUUCUUUAUUCGAAGAUCAUUAAUCCGUUGUUAAUGUAAAGAGGGGGUUAUAUCGUUUUGGGUCAAACUUCUCGCAGAACUUCUCGUGCAAAAAGUGAAUGGAAGCAGAUCAAACAAAUACAAAAUAGCUAUGAACCGAAAUGAAUGUGCUGCGCUUUCACAAAUUUAAAUAAACUAGAUGUCACUGAUGUUUAAGAUGCCACUAUGAUACAGGACGGUACUUUCGUAGCAAAAUAAGAAAAAGUCAAUAAGCGGAUGCAAUACACACAGUUACUUUACAAAGGAGUCUACGUAAAAUAUUAGAGAAGAGAUUUCUACAGAUGCAUGUACUUCAGUAUAGCGGCGCACGGGAGUAAACCAACUUCCUUUGGAUAACGAAGGCCGCCCUCCCUCUGCCUCCCACCAUGUUGGUUCCGCCCCGGGAGAUGGGAGGCGGGGAGCGCCCUGACCAGCCCUUGGAGAUCGCGCGCGCCUGCCCCGGAGUGACGCAACUCAGCAUGACCGACACCCAGCUUACAGUCCAGUGUGAGGGGAACGUAACCUGCACGGCGCUGGACCUGCAGCCCGGAGCGACGAUUGUGUCCCCGAUUCUGUUGAGCUUGAGUGGGGUCGCGGGGCAGAUAUGGGCGCUGUACUACCUCUACACGACGACGAGGCCGCAACAAUCACGCACCGUUUUCUUCGUCCUCUUGAGCACCUUAAUAUGGACAGAUCUCAUCGGAAAAAUUAUUACAACACCGCCAGCCCUCAUUGCCUACGUCCAUCAUGAGUGGAAAGGAGGGAAGGAGCUGUGCAACUUCCACGGAUUUUCUAUGAUGUUGAUCAGCCUCGUCACGCACCUGUUAGUCUCCACAAUGGCGGUCGAGCGUUUCAUUGGGAUACGCCACGGAUACUUUUAUAACAAGAACAUCACCACCUCGAGGACCAAAAUGCUCCUUCUGUGCAUCUGGCUGUUCAGCGUGUUGUUCUGCGCCAUGCCUCUCUUCGGAUGGGGUCAGUACGCCCUUCAGUAUCCCGGGUCCUGGUGCUUCGUCAACAUCCACGUGUGUGCGGACACGCCCCUGCAUCACCUCAUCUACACCAACAUCUUCGGCGCCUUCACCAUCAUCAACCUGUUCGUUAUGGUCGUCUGUAACGUGGUGGUUAUCAUACUCUUGCUACAGAAGACGGUUUCACGCAACGGCAACUAUUUUGAAGGGUCCAGCCACCGACUUUCAUGUUUAGCGACCCUUCUGUGCCUCCGCCUGUGUCGCCAUCGCUGCCCCACCACCAAAUUCUGCGCGCCGCAUCGCACUUCAAAGCAACGCGAACUCGAGAUGCAGAUGGCUAUUGUCCUUCUCGUGAUCACCAUCGUCUUCGUGCUUUCUUGGUCGCCCUUGGAUCUCCGUCUGUUUAUGAACCAAAUUUGGCCGCAUCGGACACGCGAGGAUCAUCUACAGGACCUAAUUUCUGUUCGUUUGACCUCCAUCAACCAGAUCAUCGACCCCUGGGCCUACAUCAUCUGCCGGAAGCUCUUCUCCUCCCGCGUGUGGCGCUGGGUGCGACUGCCUCUACUAGGAAGGUCGUGGCUGCUCAGGAGAGAGAGUUCGAGCGUCUUGCAAGGAGGGGGGUCGCGCAAGAAGGUAUCUAGGACCUUGACGCACGCCGAGAAGAAGAUGGAGUAUAAGAGUCCGUUUCAAGCUGCCGAAGACGUGGUGGUGGUGGUGGAGGAGGACCCCAGCGGGAGGGGGUGCAUCUCCCCUCCCCCGGCCCCCCCGCCUUCCAAGACGAGCCAAGGAGACGAUCUCACGUCCAAGGAUAUGGUCGAGAUCUUCAAGGACUCGGGAACAGGAUCCAACAACACGCCGUCGACGCUCUGCAGUGACUCAGGAACGGGCAACUGUAACUUGACGUAUCAUGAGCGACGCGAGGAGGCGGGCACCCUGGCCGUCGUGCCCAUCCCGGUGUUCACGAGCCAGCAGUACCGGGUCGUCACGCCCACGUCCGCCGCCCGCCACACGCACCGGGUCCGUCGCAUCUGCUCCUCCGCCUCCGCCCGCGCCGCCUCCGCCACGCGCCCGCACAACCACCCGCAGAACGCCCAAGACAUGGCCUCGGGCUCCCCCCCCUUCAACGUGGUCACGGGGCGCCGUCACUCGUGGUGCUGCCCCCAGGACGGCCUCGACGCCAAGCAGUACCGCACGCAGAGCACCCAGACGUUCAAAUCCCCGAAAGACGGCGACUCGGACGAACUCAGUCCUCAGCACCCUCAUUUCGGGGGCCAGCGGUACGACCACGAGCAUCCCCACCUCAACGACCUGGGCCACUCCCACGAGGGCUCCGUUCCGACGCGGCACGACGGACGCCGACCGAGGGGCCCCGAAGACUACCCGGUCCUGAGCCCCCGCGACCUCCCGGAGCGCUACGUCCCUCGCCCCGGCGGCGACCACGUCAUCGAUCUCGACGACGACCCUGUUUUCAUCGUCGCCAGCGCCGUGGGUCAUUUGUCGCACCUGGGGGAGGGGGAGAGGGCGAAGGGGGAGACCGCUUUCCCCUUCUCCUGCCCGGCGAACUCCCCUGCCCUGCCCCCUCGACACAUGGAACGGGUAGAGAGGGCAGAGAGGCAGAGGAGACACACAGGAGACUCGCCCCACAAACAGUCCUCGACCGCAACGAGGUGGUGAGCCUCUGGUGCUUCAGGAUAGUGGCGCCGGAUUCAGUAGUGUAGCUAAGGGGCAUCGGUAAGGGGAUUACCGAGCAUGGAGUUAACAGUGUGGUGAAACGUGAAACGCGAUGCUAAAUACAAAUAUUGCGGUUCUGUGAAGUGAAUGUUAUAUAAACACAAAGCUUCUCUUUUUUAAUGGAACAAAUUUAUGGACGACAAAGACAUAUGGUCAGCAGGGAAAAAUUGUAGUAUCCUAAUUAUGAUAUUCGAUGGCGAAAGAAAUUAGAAAGUUAUUCAGACGUUAAAGGCAAUACAGACGAUAAACAAACAAAUAGGCAAACAAAUAAAUGAAACGAAUUGCCUGAUCUGUCCAAAUGAUGAUGUUGAAGAAAAAUGAAGUGCUUUUGGUGAGUUGAAGAUCUGUGAAAGAAAGAAAAAACCUUAUGAUAUGAUAUGAAAAAAAAUAUUCUUAUACAGUUCUCAUUCAUCAGACACAUCUGUUGUUCUAGACGUUCGAAUUAUAUUUCGUUAACAUAUGGGAACAGUAGAUUUCUUAUCACUUCUCAGACCAAUAUACCUAUUACUUUAUAUUUGUGCAUAGUACACUUUCAAGCAGGAUCUACAGACCGAUAUGUUGUUGCGGCCACGAGAAAAAACGGAGCUUUUUACGUUACUUAAAUGUGUGACAAGAAAUAUGUGUAUUGUUCAUAGUAACAGAACUCAGUACUCUGGGGUGCUAUGUGAUUUUUGGAGGGGGUAAAUGCAUAACAUUUAUUUUGAUGUUAACUGUAUAUACAGAGGCAGAUAUAUUGUCAUAUUAUCAUAUCAGUGAAUGUAUAAGUGUGUGUGUGUGUGUGUGUGUGUGUGUGUGUGUGUGUGUGUGUGUGUGUGUGUGUGUGUGUG